AUGUCGAAGAACGCUAAGCAGAACUUAGCUGAUUCUAAAAAGGUUUGAAAAAAAAGAAGUUGGAAGAUUGGAAAGUUUGAAUUCAGAUGAGUGCCGAGCUCUUCUGCCUCACGUACGGCUCGCUUGUGACGGAGUUGUUGAGAGACUACGAGGACCCCAAAGAAGUGACCAUGCAACUGGACAAGGCACGAUUGUCCUAGAGAGCGAAAAACGGUUAUUUUUGACAGAUGGGUUUCAACAUGGGAACUCGACUCGCCGACGACUUUUUAGCCAAAAAUUCAAACGUUCCGCGUUGCACCGACUGCCGACAAAUCGCAGAAGUUCUCUGCAAAAACGCCAUUCCGUGUUACCUUGGUGGGCCUUGUUUCUCAGACCAAAUUUAAAAGGAUCGUUUAAAUCAUGGGAUCGUGGAAAAUUUGAACAGCUUCAAGUUUUUUUUUGUCUAGUUUUCAACUUUCGGUCUAAAUAUACUGAUUGAGUUAUUGCAAAUUUUUUCGUCAGCUUCGCGACCUUCUUCUAACUAAAUCUUUAUUUAUUGUCAUAGUUUCCUUUAAUUUUUCAAAAUGUUUGUUUUCAGGAACAAAAUGUCUAUGUGAUGCUGAGGUUUAAAUCAGUGUAAAUGAACACAAUUUUUAGGAGUGAGAACUAGAAAUUCAUCUGAAUGUAUUAAUUUUUUUUUUUUGAAGUUCACUUGAUACCGAACAGUAUUGGUUGAGCUCAAUUCAACGAGAAAAAAAAACACAAAAAUCGAAGGUUUCAGGAACGACAGCGAACUCGUCAAACUGGGUGGGCGGCGACCGCGAGUUCACAAUUGUCAUCGAAAACAAUCCGCUGAACGAACUCGUCCAAGUGCCGCCCAACCUCCUGGCCGCGGGUCUUUCCUAUUCUCAGGUCAUUGCCGGCGCCAUUCGUGGUGCUCUUGAAGCAGUUCAUUUCAAGGUUUUUUUUUUGACUUCAGGACAACACGAACUUUUGAGGUGUACGCAACUGCCAUGGAAAACGGCGCCAACACGGAAAUUCGAAUUAGGUUCGACUCUGUCCUGAAAGACAACCUACCUGCCGGGGAAGACGAUUGA